GCAACAUGUUUACCAACAGCAGCCUGCACAUGUACGACCUGCAAGAGAUCCCCGCCAGUAGGAAGUAUGUCGUUGUAGUUGAUGGUCGACUGCUCGAAGUGCAAGCUAUCGGUAGCAUCAAUCUUAGUUUCUUUCGGGAGGAUGAGAAUGGUGACAAAACGACGAUGUGCGUGAAGCUCACUGAUGUGUCUGUUGUAGAGAGCCUGAGCUUCAACUUGUUUUCAACGCAUGCUGUUUCUCUGAAGCAACAAAUCAUGUACGACGAGCACGGUGCAACCCUACAAAAUGGACUGCCCUUUGCUAGAGAGGAAAAAGGGGUCUGCAGCGUAUGCCAUGCGGUUGCCGUACGACCCACCUGCGACAAUAGUAGACUCUGCUGCUUUGCCCGCAUUCGUGACUGCCCCCGAUUCCGCCCCCGCCGUUGGCUCCACGCGUUCGCCUUCUCAAGAAGGGGGCUCCGCGGAAUCAUUGGUAGAGGCAUCGUGCUCACGGGCAAGCUGGAACCGUGCAUGGACUGCAUGAGGGCGAAGGGCAGGCGAGGGUCGGUGCCGCGGGGGCCGGGAGCGCGGGCGUUCAAGCCACUCCGGCGUGUUCAUCUGAGCCUGUGUGGACCGCUGGUGCCUUCCCUGGGCGGCAACCUCUACCUGUUCGUCGCCGUGGACAGCGCCUCGCAGUGGAACAAGGUCUACGUUCUCCGGCGGAAGUCCGACGCGCUGGCGACAACGAAAAGGCUGCUGACGGACGUGGGGCGAUACGACCUCGGGCGCAUCGAGUGUUUCCACGUCGACAACGGCACCGAGUGGACCCGCGGCGACUUUCGGCGUUUCUGCGAAGACAACGGCAUCGGCAUCGAGUUCACCCCGUCUGGCGUCCCGCAGCACAACGGCGUCGUCGAAAGCGCCAUCUGGGGCAUCAUAAAGGCCGGCAUGGCCGCCCGCCGCAGCGCUGGCCGGGUGUUCAACGUCGACUUCGCCUUCAUCCCCGGCCUCGACGAGCGCGGUGACCGUCUUUGGAUGGAAACGGCGAAAUGGGCCGGCGACGCUCUCAACCAGUCGGCGACCAAGGCCAACCCCGGGCGGCGCUCGUCGCACGACAUGUUCACCGGCGAGCAGGGGCCGUUCCGCGUGCUGCCGUUCUUCCAGCCCGGCUUCAUGCGUGAGGAUCGCCGCACCAAGCUCGACGACUAG